AUGGUUGAAGUUCAGAAAUCGCGAAAGGACAUGUGGCUCCAGCUCUCCCGAGCAAGUCAAUCGUGGACACUUCGUGCUCGACAGCGUCCCAGCCAAAUCACGUCUUCUUCAGCGUCGUCAUCUUCCUACGCCAUUCCGCCUUUACAACUAACGAUUCCGGACGACUUCAUUGCCGAUUUAUCCCUAACACCCGAGGCCAGAGGGCAAAUACUACUCAGGAUCAAGGACACAAUCAUGAAAGUCCACGAGAAUGGCUACGCCAAUCUUUGCCGGGACUACUCGAAGAAAAUCGCAACGCACUCUUUACGCUUCGAUGCGCUGGUCAUCUCAGGUGCCAGGGACGCGUACCAGCGAUCGUUUAAUGAGCAACUUUCCCAACUGCAACUGGAAAUCGAGAGACUCUCCCACCAAUUCCAUGCUCCGUCAGCGAAGCGCACCCCGUUCAACUCGGAAUAUACUCCACUUUUGGAGAAAUAUUUUGAGUACCAUGCCUAUCCUUCAGCUCGUGACCGGGAAUGGCUUGCGCGAAAAACCAUGAUGACGACACGACAAAUUGAAGUUUGGUUCCAAAAUCACCGGAGACGCGCUCGGAAAGAAGGUAUCCAUUUUGAACGGCUUCCCAUGGACCGGCUCCCAGUUCAACUCUCGUUGGAAGACCUGGAAGACAAGCUUUCACCGCUAACCUCGCCUCGAAAUCAUCGUCACAAGAAUCAUCGUAUUCCAACUCCUCCACCGGAGCGAAGCGCUGCAUCACCCGAACCCUGUUUGGGCGUGUCAUCUCGUGGAGAUUCAAUUCUCGACCACACCUACAGCCCACCCCAUGCCUUUCCAACGAAAUACAACAAAGUCCAGCGGCACGACGACCUCUUUUCAUUCCCGCGUGUGGACUGCAUUCCCGCGCCUAUGUGGGAUCGACGGCCCUCCCAGUCUCAUUCUGCACCGACGUACACGAUUGAACAACUAUGCGAAACUCUCGCUUCCAUGCGCAUUCAUGGGCCCGCGAUGGAUGAAGGCUGUGAUCAGCCGAGGCCAUGGUAUGCUUGUAGGGUUACUGGGCCUAUCUCUGCGCCCCAUCCUGCUCUGACAAACCCAUCGAGGCCGACACUGCGUCUUGCUACAACACGGUCAUCGAGCAAGUCUCCUGCACCGCGUCGGGGAAGACAACCUUCUACCCCCAUUCCCCAACGUUCCAACCGCCGUCGAGGGUCAACGUCACCCAUGACAGCCCUUUCACCAUCCUUUCCCAACUCCCGCCGACGCGUCAUUCCUCGACUCUCCUCCCACAGUUCCUUGUCCUCUAUCGACUCCAGUGACCUGGAUACCCCGGAUGGUUCACCGCCAAUGCCUCCAAUCUCAACUCUUCCCCCUGCUGCUGAAAAGGAAUCUAUACAUGAUCCUUUAUCAGUUGACAGCCCAGUCAACAAGGCACCAUGUGGACGAAUCCUCCCUCCUACUUUCCUCCUCAUUGCCUCACACCGUCGAUCUGAAGGGUCUCACAUUUAUCGGCUUGCUAGCCCACAUCCCUUCUGCAGUACUCCGUUAUCGUUGUUCCUAGUUGCCUUGUUUUCGUCGUCCCCUGCAUUUGAUACCCUAGUCCAUUUCAUUGUAUUUCUACGUCUGUCGAAAGGACUCGGAGCCUUGGCUGUGGACUAUCGCUGGGUUGUGGGGCCAUUCAAGGGAAUUCAACCAUCUGUUCACCCACCUGCCGGACUCGGAUGCAGCCCUCAGGCCGUGGCAUCCACGUCGCAGACCCGGUCAACAGCUGCUUUGUCGGACCUCGAGCAGCAGGUCGAAGCUAAGCGUGAAUUGGAGGAGUUGGAGGCGAGAGCGAAGGCUAUCCGCGCCGGGAUUCCAACUGCCUGA